CACACACGCGUCUCGCGCUUGCUUCAGUGUACGAAAUGCAGAAGCUCCUGGCUGUGCGCGCGCUGUGCUGAACGACAUGAGCGUCUCAUUGACAGAGGAAGAGUGAACUUUUAUUCUUCCUUUUUUUUUUUUUUUUGCACGGACAGGGUUUUAUUUUCUUCCCACCGUGCACGCGGAUGAUGAGGAUGAUGAGGAUGAUGAACGCGAUCUGCGCGCUCCUGUGCUUGUGCGCGAGCGCGCUGGCGCAGUAUUCCAGCGACCAGUGCAGCUGGAGAGGAAGUGGUCUGACUCAUGAAGCUCAUGCCCGGGAUGUAGAGCAGGUCUACCUGCGUUGCUCUGAAGGUUCUCUCGAGUGGCUGUACCCCACCGGCGCCAUCAUUGUAAACCUCAGGCCCAACACGGUCCCCGAAUCGGCCACCGAGUCGCCCCUGAGCGCCUGCGUGAAGCCUCGAGCGGAUUCGCGUGGAGCCGGCGUGUACGUGGAGCGAGCAGGAGUCAUGAGAAUGCUGCUGAGCGAGGAGGAGCAGGCGGCCGGACGGGUACGCUGCUUCAGGCUGGACGAAGGUGCGCUGUUUGUCCAGGCCUCCACGCACUCAGACAUCAGCAAGAGAGUCACGGCGUUUCAGUACGAGCUGAUCCGAGGGGAGAUGGAGAUCGGCGGUGAGGCGCUUUCAACCGCAGAUCCGUGUACACCCUGCAGUAAUGAUGAGAUUCUGAUGGCUGUCUGCACCAGUGACUUCGUGGUGAGAGGCAGCCUGGCGUCGGUCGUGGAUGGCGGUGAUGGGGAUCAGCAGAGGUCCUUGUCCGUGUCCGUGAGUCGCUUGUAUCGCCAAAAGCGACGUGUUUUUGAGGGACGAGGACGCAGCCGGUGGUCGGGGCGUGUAAUUGUUCCACGGAGUUGCGCCAUUCAAGUAAAGCAGGGAUUGGAUUUGGGGGUGGGGCAAUGGGCGAAGCUCGAGGAGUUUCUGUUGACAGGAGCCGUGAGGUUCGGCGAGGCAUGGCUCCGGUGUGCGCCUCUGUACCGUGACUUUUUAGCAACUUACCAGAAGGCAGUGGAAUCAGGAAGGAACCCCUGUCACAUGGACCUGAACUGACAACACUAAUUGAUCACAUGGACUUUGUGUGCAGUUUGCUGCUUUUGCUGCCAGCAAUGAUAUGAAGUGUGUAUGGACUCCAAGCCUGAGACAGAGACUUAGUAUGUGUGUAUUAUUCUAACGUUUUCUCUGGGCAUUGUGUCUUUUGAGCUCAAUUCCUCAUAUGCGCUGUAACUGAUUUCCUUUUUAGGUACCAAAUGAAUUUAUUUUCACAAAUAUUUCAGUCAUGACCCCAUGCCAGUGUCAUGAUCAAUACUUCACCUCAUGGGGUAGAUGAACAACACCACACACACACACACACACACACACACACACACACAAACAUGAGCACCAUUUGUUCAUUGGAAUUUUAUGCAGUUCGGAAUCAAUGAUCGUGACAGUAUUUUUGUAAUAUAUUUUCUGGCCCCAGUGUUUCGGCUACAGAGUCUAGACCACCACGUAUUACCUUACCUUUAUUCAACUGUGGGACACAAGGUAAUACUUUAAUCUUAGCAUCAUCAAGCUGCCUAUGCUGGGCCCUUGAGCAAGGCCCUUAACUCUCAACUGCUCAGUUGUAUGCCACUAUGUAUAAGGGUGUCUGUUGAACAUUUACAUUUCUGGCCUUUGCAAAGUUCUCUGGGUUACUAAUUGGAAGGUCAGGGGUUCAGGCCCCAGCUGACACUUUGGCCUUGGAGAAAGCACCCUUAACCCUCUGUGCUCUAGAGGUGCUGUAGCAUGGCUGACCCCAGCUUCCUAACAUCGCUGAGAUAUGCAAGAAAGAAUUUCACCGUGUUGUAAUGUACAUGUGACAAAUAAAAAGCCUACAUUUUAAAAAUUAUUCAACUCUAUAGGACCCACAAUAGAGCCCUGAGGUACACCACUAUAUAUCUAUAGUGCUGAUCAUCAGCCACGACAACCCCCAGAAAAA